CGCGGCGAGGCUGAGACGCGACCAGGACGCGGGGAGGACGGACCAGCAGGACAGACCGACCGGGGGCCCGGCGGGCGGAGGGCAGCGCAGCGCAGCCACGUCCCCCCUGGAUCCGCCGGCAGCCGGGCCCGGGGCUUCCGACAUGCCCCCCAGGAGAGUGUGUUGGGCAGACGAUGCUGGACACGAUGGAGGCGCCCGGCCACUCGAGGCAGCUGCUCCUGCAGCUCAACAACCAGCGCACCAAGGGCUUCUUGUGCGACGUGAUCAUCGUGGUGCAGAACGCCCUCUUCCGCGCGCACAAGAACGUGCUGGCGGCCAGCAGCGCCUACCUCAAGUCCCUGGUGGUGCAUGACAACCUGCUAAACCUGGACCAUGACAUGGUGAGCCCGGCAGUAUUCCGCCUGGUUCUGGACUUCAUUUACACCGGUCGCCUGGCUGACGGUGCAGAGGCGGCGGCGGCCGCUGCCGUAGCCCCAGGGACCGAGCCGAGCCUGGGCGCUGUGCUGGCUGCCGCUAGCUACCUGCAAAUCCCUGACCUCGUGGCGCUGUGUAAGAAGCGCCUCAAGCGCCACGGCAAGUACUGCCACCUGCGGGGAGGCGGCAGUGGUGGCGGCGGCUAUGCGCCCUACGGGAGGCCGGGACGGGGCCUGAGGGCGGCCACGCCAGUCAUCCAGGCCUGCUACUCGUCCCCCGCCGGGCCCCCACCGCCGCCCUCCUCCGAGCCGCCGUCGGGCCCCGAGGCCGCGGUCAACACUCACUGUGCGGAGCUGUACGCUUCGGGCCCGGGCCCAGCCACCGCACUCUGUAUACCCGAGCGCCGCUGCUCCCCGCUCUGCGGCCUGGACCUGUCCAAGAAGAGCCCACCGGGCUCUGCGGCUUCUGAGCGGCCGCUGAGUGAACGCGAGCUGCCCCCGCGUCCGGACAGCCCUCCCAGCGCCGGCCCCGCCGCCUACAAGGAGCCACCACUCACCCUGCCGCCGCUGCCGCCGCUGCCCUUCCAAAAGUUGGAGGAGGCCGCACCGCCUCCGGACCCGUUCCGUGGGAGCGGUGGCAGCCCGGGACCCGAGCCCCCCGGUCGCCCCGACGGGCCCAGCCUCCUCUACCGCUGGAUGAAGCACGAGCCGGGCCUGGGUAGCUACGGCGACGAACUGGGUAGGGAGCGCGGUUCCCCAGGCGAGCGCUGCGAGGAGCGCGGCGGGGACGUGGCCACUUCGCCUGGGGGGCCCCCGCUUGGCCUGGUGCCUCCACCCCGAUACCCGGGUAGCCUGGACGGGCCCGGCGCGGGCGGUGACGGCGACGACUACAAGAGCAGCAGCGAGGAGACUGGCAGCAGUGAGGAUCCCAGCCCACCUGGAGGCCAUCUCGAAGGCUACCCAUGCCCGCACCUGGCUUAUGGAGAGCCAGAAAGCUUUGGUGACAACCUGUACGUGUGCAUCCCCUGCGGCAAGGGUUUCCCCAGCUCUGAGCAGCUGAAUGCGCACGUGGAGGCUCACGUGGAGGAGGAGGAGGCGCUGUAUGGUAGGGCUGAGGCGGCUGAGGUGGCUGCUGGGGCAGCGGGCUUAGGGCCCCCUUUUGGCGGUGGUGGGGACAAGGUCGCUGGGGCUCCCGGUGGCCUGGGAGAGCUACUUCGGCCAUAUCGAUGCGCGUCCUGCGACAAGAGCUACAAGGAUCCAGCCACGUUGCGGCAGCACGAGAAGACGCACUGGCUGACCCGGCCCUAUCCAUGCACCAUCUGUGGGAAGAAGUUCACGCAGCGCGGGACCAUGACGCGCCACAUGCGCAGCCACCUGGGCCUCAAGCCCUUUGCAUGCGACGCGUGCGGCAUGCGCUUCACACGCCAGUACCGCCUCACAGAGCACAUGCGCAUCCACUCCGGCGAGAAGCCCUACGAGUGCCAGGUGUGCGGUGGCAAGUUCGCACAGCAACGCAACCUCAUCAGCCACAUGAAGAUGCACGCUGUGGGUGGCGCGGCCGGCGCGGCCAGCGCGCUUGCAGGCCUAGGGGGGCUACCUGGCGUCCCUGGCCCCGACGGCAAGGGCAAGCUCGACUUCCCGGAGGGCGUCUUUGCAGUGGCUCGCCUCACCGCUGAACAGCUGAGCUUGAAGCAGCAGGACAAGGCAGCUGCAGCCGAGCUGCUGGCGCAAACCACGCACUUCCUGCACGACCCCAAGGUGGCGCUCGAGAGCCUCUACCCGCUGGCCAAAUUCACCGCGGAGCUGGGCCUUAGCCCAGACAAGGCGGCGGAGGUGCUGAGCCAAGGCGCUCACCUGGCUGCCGGACCCGACGGCAGGACCAUCGACCGUUUCUCCCCGACCUAGCGCGCCCCUCGCUGGUCCGCCUUCGCCUUGCCGCUGCUUCGCGGCCCGGCUCGUACCCCUAGAGAGAAGCGCGGCACACCGCGCCUGGGACUAGUAGCAGCGGCAUCGUCGCCGCAGUGGCGGCCCCACCUCUUUGCGGCCUCACCUGGCCUCACUGCUUUGUGCCUUAGCCCGGGGGUGGGGAUGGGGGAAAACCCCGGGACCGGGUGGGAUGGGGGAAGGGAGAUUUAUAUUUUUGAUAUCAGCUUUGACCAAAGGAGACCCCGGCCUCUCCCCGCCUCUUCCUGUGGUUCGUUGGCCCCCUUCCCCCGGCUCCGUGCUGCUCUUGGGGGGAGGGGUGUCACUGUUGGGGCGCUCCCAGCCCUACCUCCGGCCCUUGCGACCACACCCAUUCUCACUGUGAAUCUCCCUGCUGGGGUCGGAGUGUUGGGCAGAGUUGGGGAGAGGGGAGGGGACUGAGCCGGCCGGAGGGUCCCCACCUUCUGCUCCUGCCCACCCCGGGACUGAUAAUGUGAAGUUCCUCAUUUUGCACAAGUGGCACUAGCCCCAGGGCCAACCCUUUCCUCCCCAACCACCAAGGGUGAGGAGUUAUGGGGCCAGGGCUCAAACAGCCCUGGCUUGCCUGGUCUCCCACUCCCGCGGUGUCCCUUACCCUUCCCUGGGGCCCCGGACCAUAUUUAUUGCAUGCUCCCCGGGUGGCCCCCCAUCCUGAGCCCAGCCUAGGCUGGGCUGGGCUGGAAAGCGGUCUCCUUAGCUCCCUCCUUCUAUUUUGUAUAUUUCCUACCUUGUACACAGGCUCUUCCAGAGCCGCUUCCAUUUUCUAUACUCGAACCAAACAGCAAUAAAGCAGUAACCAAGGUUCCCAA